AUGUCCUCCCAGCUUUCAGCCAUGUACAGCAAGAAAGAAGAAAAAGGGAAGAAUAUCCAGGUUGUUGUGAGAUGCAGACCAUUCAAUCAGUUGGAGCGGAAGGCCAACUCCCAUUCUGUGCUGGAAUUUGAUGCUGUAAGAAAAGAUGUGUCAGUGCGGACUGGAGGGAUAAAUGACAAACUGGGGAAAAAGAACUACACAUUUGAUAUGGUAUUUGGUCCAUCUGCAAAACAAAUUGAAGUCUACAGGAGUGUUGUGUGUCCCAUCCUGGAUGAAGUUAUAAUGGGUUAUAAUUGCACCAUUUUUGCAUAUGGUCAAACUGGUACCGGUAAAACAUUUACUAUGGAAGGGGAAAGGUCCUCAGAUGGGGAGUUUACAUGGGAACAGGACCCUCUGGCAGGCAUAAUCCCUCGAACCCUUCAUCAGAUAUUCGAGAAGCUUUCAGAGAACGGCACAGAGUUUUCAGUGAAGGUGUCUCUGCUGGAAAUCUACAAUGAGGAGCUUUUUGAUCUUCUAAGCCCAUCACCAGAUGUUUCAGAAAGACUGCAGAUGUUUGAUGAUCCCCGAAAUAAGAGAGGGGUUAUAAUCAAAGGACUGGAGGAAGUAACUGUACAUAACAAAGAUGAAGUUUAUCACAUCUUGGAGAGGGGCGCAGCCAAAAGGACCACUGCAUCUACUCUGAUGAAUGCCUACUCCAGUCGUUCUCACUCUGUGUUUUCAAUCACAAUCCACAUGAAAGAAACCACUGUUGAUGGGGAAGAGCUGGUUAAAAUUGGCAAGCUGAAUUUGGUCGAUUUGGCUGGAAGUGAGAACAUUGGCCGCUCUGGGGCUGUAGACAAGAGAGCUCGUGAAGCUGGAAAUAUUAAUCAGUCAUUGCUGACUUUGGGCAGGGUGAUUACAGCCCUGGUGGAGAGAGCUCCACAUAUCCCAUACAGAGAGUCUAAACUCACAAGGAUCCUACAGGACUCUCUGGGAGGAAGGACAAAAACAUCUAUCAUUGCUACAGUCUCCCCAGCCUCUAUUAACCUGGAGGAAACGGUGAGCACUUUGGAAUAUGCCAACCGAGCCAAGAAUAUUCUGAACAAGCCUGAAGUUAAUCAGAAACUGACCAAGCGGGCGCUGAUCAAGGAAUACACAGAGGAGAUUGAACGGUUAAAGAGGGACCUUGCUACGGCCAGAGAGAAGAAUGGGGUCUACCUCUCCAGUGAAAACUAUGAAGAGCUUCAAGUGAAGAUUGGAAGUCAAGAAGAACAAAUCACAGACUAUAUGGAGAAGAUUGCCGUCAUGGAGGAGGAGUUGAAGAGGGUGACUGAGCUGUUCACAGAUAGUAGGAAGGAGUUGGAGGAGUGUAGCACAGUUCUGCAGUAUAAGGAGAAGGAGCUGGAGGAAAGCCAGAAGAACCUGCAGGAAUCUAGAUUACGCCUGUCUGAGGAAGAGUUCAUGGUGUCUGCUCUGGAGAGCACAGAGAAGAACCUUCAUAACUCUGCUAACAAGUUGUUGGUCACAGUCCAGGAAACCACUGAACAUGUUUCUGGCCUCCAUGCCAAACUGGAUCGCAAAAAGGCCGUGGAUCAAUAUAAUGCUCUGGUCCAUGAGAGCUUUGCGGAGCAGAUGGAUAAGAGAUUUCAUAGGAUUCAAAAAUCUGUGGAAGAUUACAGUGUAAAGCAUCAGGGGAUGCAGGAUUUCUAUAUCUGCUCUAUAGAUGCUCACUUGGCUGCGUUGUCUUCAGCGUCAAAUGACACCACCUCUGCUGUGUCCACAUCCUUUGCUACUAUUGCUGAAACCGUGUCAAGACAAGUGAAUCGGAGUACUGAAGAAAUAAUAAAGCAGGAGGGUCUGUCCUCUCAAGCAAGGGAUGAUCUGCAAAAACGGAUGACUGAACUUCGUUCCACACUUCAGAAAGCCCUCACAACAGAUUUGUUGCCAGUUGUUACAUCGGUUUUGAAUCUCAAUUCUCAUUUAAGUCAAUGCUUGCAAAACUUCUUUGGUGUUGCAGACAAGGUUGCUGCCCACAAAGAAGAAAUGAAACAAUUUUUCACUGAUCAUUCUAUGAUGCUGCACAAGUUGCGUCUGGAUUCCACUUCAGCCCUCUCCAGUAUUCAGUCUGAGUCUCAGUGUUUGAGAGAGGAGAUCCAGGCUGCUCAGACAAUGCAUUCCGAGGAAGUGAAUAAGCUCAUAAGUUCCAUGCAAAAUCAGUUGAACCUAUUCACUCAUACCUUCCAAGGACUUCUAAAUAAAGAAGAGAGGCUACAAAGAUCAACAGGCUUACUGUGGGAAGAUAUGGAUAAUGUUACAUCUGAAGCCAUUGAAAAAACGUCCUUCCACCACCAUAAAUUUGUGGACCAAUGUUCAGACAUAGAGGGUGAGAUUCGGCAGCAGGCAGGAUCAAACCUAAGCAGUGUAGAGGAGUCCAGCAGACAGUGUGAGAAGCUCAGCUCAAGUAUUAAUGCUAUAUCACAUGAAACAGAGGAGUGGUGUGAGGUUACCACCAAGAAAAUUGCUUCUGCCGCUGAACAACAAGAAGCCUAUUUCCAGCUUUCCAAGAUACAGCUCCAAAGUUUCCAAAAGGAUGUGGGAAGCUUCUGUGAAUCCUCAACAGAGCGUAUUAUGGGUAUGGUGAACCAGCAGCGAAUGUCAGAGGAGAAGGAUUUAUCAAAAUUAGUGGAACGAGUUAAUGAUGACAAGCAGACAAUUGUGGAGCAGAAGCUGGAACUCUGUGAACAAGCACAGGAUGGCCUAAGUAAAGUUAACGCCUACCUUACACAAGAGCUCAGGAGUGAUAUUCCCACUGGCACAACACCCCAGAGAAAAGAAUACCUUUACCCCUCUGUGCUCAUAAAGACUGCACCCCGGGAGGUUCUACUGGAGCAGCACAGAAAGAAACAUGAUGAGAUUCAGGCUGCAAUCACCAGUGUGCUGUCCAUAGCAGAGGAGCCUGUGGAUCAGGAUCAGGAUUCCCUGGAAGAAGAGCUAGUAAUUGUAAAUGACAGCAUAAGUGAGAAAUCCAUUGUAGAUGUGAAUGUUCUCUGCCAAGAAAAUGGUGGUGUCCCCUUUUUCCAGCAAAAGAAAGGACAGAAGAAAGAAAAAGAGAACAAAGCAAACGGAAGCAUUUUGGAAAGAACCAAAGUGUCAGAAGAUGGAGAACCGGUUCUCCUGAGAUCCAAACUUCCCUUGAGGAUCCAGAACUGA